UUCAUGCGAUCAAACACCUCGCUUUCAAUUCCUGGCGUUUUGAAGGUGAUGAAAGAAUAAACAGUCCACUCUUUAUGUAUACAAUAACUCACCUAAUUAAGUACACAAGGUGUUCUUCUACGUUAGAACGGUUUCUUCUGUAAAUAAAUGCAAAAAUAAUAACAAGAUUUGUGUAACAUUCAACAGCUCCCUAUAAAUUCAUGCACCAAUUUGGCAAAGAUGAAUAUCAAAGAACAAGAACUUUGAAGAAUACCUGCAAUGGCACGAGCUAAUUACCUCAUUGUUGCUCUCUCACUCCACGUAACCUGGCUGCUAUUUCUUAGCAAACCAUGCAUCGCUUUGACACCUGAAACUUCUCCAUCUUUUCCUGCCAUUCUCAUAUUUGGUGAUUCUACGGUCGACACCGGAAAUAACAACUUCAUCCCCACUAUUUUCAAGGCUAAUUACUCUCCAUACGGCAAAGAUUUUCCUGGCCAUGUUGCUACUGGAAGGUUCAGUGAUGGGAAACUCAUUCCUGACAUGGUGGCAUCUAAGUUGGGGAUAAAGGAGCUUGUUCCUCCAUUUCUGGAUCCUGAACUGUCGGAUGAUGAUGUGAAAACAGGGGUCAGUUUUGCAUCCGCCGGCACAGGACUCGAUGAUCGAACAGCCGCUAUAUCUACAGUCAUUCCUGCGAUGAAACAAAUUGGUAUGUUCAAGAACUACAUUCAAAGGCUUCAAAGAAUUGUGGGUGUGGAUGAAAGUAAGAGGAUUAUUGGCAGUGCUUUGGCUGUCAUUAGUGUAGGAACCAAUGACUUAACCUUCAAUUUCUACGACCUUCCAACCAGGCAGUUGCAAUUCAAUAUUAGUGAUUACCAAGAUUUUCUACAGAAUAGACUACAAAGCUUGAUCAAGGUAAAUGAUAUUCAAUAUAAUAUGCACUCAUUAAUCUUCACCGAUAUUUGACACUUAUAAAAAAAAUCUUGAUUUCAAAAAUACCCUUUUUUUUCUUUUUUCCAAAGUUGCAACGUUAUAUUUGACCUCAAAUAAAUAUUUUAGAACUAGAAAUCCUUUGAAAUUUUGGAUAUAAUUGGGAUCCAAAAUUGGGUGGCGCUGAGCUAAAAUAGAAAUUUAGAUUGUCACACCAUUCCAAGUAGUUCUAAAAUGUUCGUAAAAGGUGAAAGAUACAUUGUAAGUUUUGAAAGAAUAAGGGUAUUUUAAAAAUAAAUAGCAAAGUUAAAGAGUGUUGUUUAUAAUUUAGCCUUGACAUAAUAAUCACCAAUGCAUCAGUUACAAGUUCCACAUCUUCAAUUUUGUAUGCUUCAGUCCUAUUCUUGAAAAGUUUUUAACCUUCAAAGUUUGAUCAUUCUAAUAGACUUAUCAACUACUCCCUGCUUCAA